CACCCAAUUUCUCCUUGUUCCGCUCGACACCAGGUGCCAAUCGUUAAUUGAUUUGCUGCCUGAACUUCAAGGCCGACACAUUCCAUCCCGAAAAAAUCCACCUUGUCUUUGAUCCAGACUUGAAGACCGCGCGCCGUCGCAUCGCGUCGUCCGAGUCAUCUGUUAAAAAAAAACUCGACUUAAUCAGCAUCUGCUGGCUUUUGAGCGGCGUUGCAAUCUUUUUUUUAUUCAUCUUAUUUUUCGACUUUUGUGGUGGUCGUGGGAGUCGGGGCAUAUUUUGCGACAGACCCAGUCCGGCUUUGAUUGUCUCUGCAUUGACUGCACUGCAUUUUACUUGCACUUGGACUUGAACUUAGCCUGGUGUCACUCUGGGGCUCCACCACACUCGCCCUGUUUGGGCCAGUCAAAGUCAAGUCUCGAACCACAAGCGUGCGUGCCCUGCACGAGCAAGCAAAAGCCUUCAGAAAGUCCUCUUACUUUCCUGGUUGGGCAACAAACGCGUCUCCGUUGGCCACACUCAACGGCUGGCUGGCUUGCUGGCUGCUUGACUGGCUUGUGCUUGGCCCCAUUCUCGACUCGAUACUUUAAUCUGUCACAUUUUGGUAGAGGUGACAUGAGCUCUUCAUAACAAAGCCAACUUAGGAAACCCUUGACAUGAAGAACAAAUGGCUUCUAGACUUGACCGUCUCGUCACAAUCCUUGAGACCGGGAGUACCCGGCUGAUCCGGGAUACUGCUGUGAAUCAACUAGCCGAUUGGCAAAAACAGCAUCCAGAUGAGCUCUACAACUUAUUGUCCCGGGUCGUCCCUUAUCUCCACCAUAAGGACUGGGAAACUAGGAGCACCGCAGCCAAGGCCCUGGGCAAGAUUUUAGAGAAUGCACAAGCAUAUGACCCCAACGAAGAUGAAGAGCCUUUGCCGGGGAAGAAGGAAGACGGGCCAAAUGAAGCCCAUGUCGUUAAGAAAGAGGAGCAGGGAGAUGAGACCCCCAAGUCUCAUUCACUACGCCUGAAGAAUCUUCCCGUCGAUGAUAUUAUCAGAUUCGGCCGGGAGCUGCUAAGAGGUGGCGCCGUCGACUACGCACUCGCGGCACUAGAACCACAAGCUCGUCUCGCACAUCAAAAGAAGACACUUCAUGGUCGAUUGGGACUUACUGGCCAAAGGGUUACAGAUGAGGAACUGAGCGUUCCGGUUGACAGCAUCGUGAGCCCCAUGACCCCCAUGGACACUCCCGCAAAUGGUUGUGGGAAGCCUGAUAGCAAUGGAUUCACUGGCGGCGGCCCUUCUGCCGAAGCAAGCGGCCUGAGCUCAAGGCAACUUAACGUUCUCAAGCGGAAGCGCAAACGUGAGGCUCAGAAGGCUGCUCAAGGCAAGGGGGGUUUUGGAGACUUGUCGCUACGACGUAGUGCCACUGGUGGAUCUGAGGGUUUCGCAAACGAUGAGACUCCAGCAGAGGACACCAAGAAGAAUGGCAAGAUGAAUGACUAUUUCAGCUUGGAUCGACCGGAAGAUGUGGACGAGGACACCAAAGUGAUUUCAGAGUUCAAGGGCCCUGUCAUCCCCAUCAAGACCGAGAUCGAGUCUAGCGAGACGGUCGAAGGUGCCGAGUGGCCGUUUGAGCGAUUGUGUGAUUUCCUCAAGAUUGACCUAUUCGACCCAUCUUGGGAGACGCGCCAUGGUGCUGCUAUGGGCCUGCGAGAGAUCAUACGAACCCACGGUCGAGGUGCGGGCCGCAUGAGCGGCAAAAGUCGCCAGGAGAACGACGAACUCAACAGGGAAUGGCUUGACGAUGCAGCAUGCCGUCUGUGCUGUGUGCUCAUGCUGGACAGAUUUACCGACUACAGCUCAGAUACUUCGGUUGCGCCGAUUCGUGAGACCGUUGGCCAAACUCUGGGAUCAGUCUUGUUCCAUUUCCCUCCAGAGUCGGUCUACGAUAUUUACAAAAUUCUCUACCGAAUGGUCAUGCAAGAAGACCUGCAACUCGAGCGAAACGUCUGGGCCAUAUGUCAUGGUGGCAUGGUUGGUCUCAGAUAUGUAGUGGCAGUUCGGAAGGACCUUCUGCUCAAGGAUGGCGACAUGAUUGACGGCGUUGCGCGCGCAGUCAUGAAAGGACUGGGCGAUCAGGAUGACGACGUGCGAGCCGUCAGUGCUGCAACCCUGAUCCCCAUGGCCAAGGAGUUUGUCAGCAUGAGACCUGGGUCACUUGAUAGACUCAUAUACAUCCUUUGGGAGUCGCUCUCUAGCUUAGGUGAUGACCUAAGCGCUUCUACCGGAAAGAUUAUGGAUCUGCUAGCCAUAUUAUGCAGCUUCCCCGAAGUAUUGAGCACGAUGAAGGCCUCAGCCUUGCAAGAUGAGGAAAGGUCCUUCACUCUUCUGGUCCCUCGACUGUAUCCCUUCCUUCGGCACACUAUCACUUCGGUCCGUCUUGCCGUCCUAAAGGCCCUCAUGACUUUUGCCAACCUUGGAGGGGAGACGUCGCAGGGCUGGCUCAACGGCAGAAUCCUACGUCUGGUGUUCCAGAAUAUACUGGUUGAGAAGGACGUGGACACGUUGAACAAGUCUAUCGAGCUGUGGGAAGCCCUGGUCAGAUGCCUGGCGGCCAAGGACCCCAGAACUCUAUCAAUGGAGUUCGCUGCUCACCUGGAGGAUCUGAUGCAAUUGACACUUCACCCGAUUGGCGUUUCCAGAAAUCCUAUUCCCAUGAAUGCAACGCUCUUCCUCAAGCCAUCCGGGGGCACAUACACGAUUUCAGGCAUGCCCACACCCGCGCCGCGGAGACCUAGUCCGCCUGAGAGCGGCGAGCGGUCCGCCAAGCGCCGGAGGAAGUCUACCAAGGUGGACGAGCCACCGGUCUCGACCAACACUCAUGAUGUGGACGGUGCGAUGAUGCAAGGAGAUGUCGACUUAGUGGGUGUCGAGGUACUCGUCCGCUCCAGGAUAUCGGCUGCAAAAGCCAUGGGCUUGAUCAUGGCCCUAGUGCCGCAAUCUGAGGUUGCGGUGUUCGAUGCGUUGUUGCAAAACGGUUUUACGUCUCCGUACUCGACAACGCAAUUGACCACUUGUAUGGUUAUCGACGAGUAUGCAAAGAACUGCGAGAAUCCCUCGCAGGCAAUGCGCUUCGAUCCAUCUCUCACGCAAAUAAUUCUUUCCGAGCGUCCGGCACAAUACAGGGAUCUCGUCAGUUAUAUCGCACGUGUAAGAUCCCAGUGCCAGCAACUGAUCAACCUCUUCCGCGACCAUGGUAAAGUUGCCAGCAAUAAGCUCCCGAUUCUUGCUGUUGUUGUGCAGGGAGAGGCUGAAGCUGGCCCUGGAGCAUUUUCCAUAUCAAACGCCGAGAAGGUGGUUGGGGAGGACUUUGACAAGCUCAAGAAGGCUAUGGGACCUGGCCAGCGUCUGAUUGCCCUCCCACAGCUCACAGAGGCACGGGAACUCGCGUUGAAGGCGAUCCAAGAUGUCAAGGUGGCAAAAGACCUGCGAGACAUUCGGAUCAAGGCCGCAGCCGGUUGCGCACUGGUGGCCUUGCGCGCUUUGCCAAAGAAGCCUAGUCCGCUCAUCAAGUCCAUCAUGGACUCCCUUAAGACAGAAGAAAACCAGGAACUUCAAAGCCGCUCGUCAAAUACCAUCGCCAGAUUGAUCCAGUUCUUCACGGAUAGCGGCCGUCGUGGGCCCGCGGACAAGGUAGUGUCCAACCUAGUCAAGUUCUCAUGUGUCGAGGUGGCCGAGACGCCCGAGUUCUCAAACCAUGCUACCAAGACGAACGUCGUUCUAUCAAUGCAAAAGGAGGAGGACAGGGUCGACCAUGCCGACGCUGUCAAGUUUGCUCGUGAGGCAAAGGCAGCAAGAAUCACCCGUCGCGGUGCUAAGGAGGCUUUGGAAAUCCUUGCAAAGACUUUUGGCGCCAACCUGCUCGAGGCUGUGCCAAGCUUACGGACUUUCAUGGAGGACUCCCUCGUCAGGGCUUUCUCGGGAGAACUCCCUGCCGAGGCCAAAGAUCCGGAGCAGACGUUUGGUCAGGAGAUUGUGGAUGCCAUGUCGGUUAUCCGGACCAUGUGCCCUACCAUGGAUGUGGCCCUCCGACCCUUCGUCAUGCAGACGGUACCCCUUGUCAUCAAGGCUUUGCACUCGGAGUUGUCAGUCUUCCGCUACAUGGCAGCCAAGUGCAUGGCUACAAUUUGCAGUGUUGUGACGGUCGAGGGCAUGACUGCAUUGGUGGAAAAGGUCUUGCCAUCCAUCAGCAACCCUGUCGAUCUCCACUUCCGUCAGGGCGCCAUCGAAGUCAUUUACCAUUUGAUUGCCGUCAUGGGCGACGCAAUCCUGCCAUAUGUCAUUUUCCUCAUUGUCCCUGUACUUGGUCGUAUGAGUGAUUCAGACAACGACAUUAGGCUCAUCGCCACCACGUCCUUUGCCACGCUAGUCAAGCUUGUACCACUGGAGGCAGGAAUUCCGGACCCGCCAGGCUUGUCCGAGGAGUUGCUGAAGGGCCGAGACCGCGAGAGAACUUUCAUUGCCCAAUUGCUUGACCCGAAGAAGGUUGAGCCAUUCAACAUUCCAGUGGCAAUCAAGGCCGAGUUGCGCUCUUAUCAGCAAGAGGGAGUUAACUGGCUGCACUUCCUGAAUAAGUACCACCUACAUGGUAUUCUCUGCGACGACAUGGGUCUCGGCAAGACACUACAGACAAUCUGCAUCGUAGCGAGCGACCACCACCAGCGAGCUGAAGAGUUCGCAAAGACGGGGGCACCUGACGUCAGGAAGCUGCCAUCCCUGAUUGUCUGCCCUCCCACGCUCUCGGGUCACUGGCAGCAGGAGAUCAAGACAUAUGCGCCCUUCCUAAGCGUUACUGCCUACGUGGGUCCGCCAACCGAGAGAAAGGUGCACCGCGACUCGCUCGACAAGGCCGACAUUGUGAUUACGUCUUACGAUGUAUGCCGAAAUGAUAUUGAUGUCAUUGACAAGUACAACUGGAACUAUGUCGUACUAGAUGAGGGCCACCUUAUCAAAAAUCCCAAAGCCAAGACCUCGAUUGCUGUCAAGCGACUGAUGAGCAAUCACCGCUUGAUCCUCACCGGCACUCCCAUCCAGAAUAACGUAUUGGAGCUGUGGUCACUCUUUGACUUCUUGAUGCCCGGUUUCCUUGGUGCCGAAAAGGUGUUCCUGGAUCGUUUCGCCAAACCCAUUGCCGCCAGUCGUUUCAGCAAGGCGUCGUCCAAAGAGCAGGAGGCAGGUGCCCUGGCCAUCGAGGCACUGCACAAGCAAGUGUUGCCAUUCCUCUUGCGUCGCUUGAAGGAGGAGGUGCUCAACGAUCUCCCGCCCAAGAUUUUGCAGAACUACUACUGUGACUUGAGCGAUUUGCAGAAGAAGCUUUUCGAGGACUUCACCAAAAAAGAGUCCAAGAAGAUUACGGAGCAGGCAGGCCGCGAAGACAAGGAGGCCAAGCAGCACAUUUUCCAGGCGCUACAGUACAUGAGAAAGCUUUGCAACUCACCAGCCUUGGUGAUGAAGCCCGGCCACAAGCUUUACGACGACACGCAGCGCAUCCUGGCCAAGCAAGGGACGAGCCUAGAAGAUCCUGUGCACGCCCCCAAGCUGACGGCUCUGAGGGAUCUCUUGGUGGAUUGUGGUAUCGGAGUUGAAGGCACAGACUCUAACGAUCCGCUCUACCAGCCCAUCAAACCGCACAGGGCUCUAAUCUUCUGUCAGAUGAAGGAGAUGCUGGACAUGGUUCAGAAUACGGUGCUCAAGAAGCUGUUGCCCUCUGUUUCUUUCCUGCGACUGGAUGGUGGCGUCGAGGCCAACAAACGACAGGACAUUGUCAACAAGUUCAACAGCGAUCCCUCGUUUGACGUCCUUCUGCUCACUACUAGUGUGGGUGGUCUUGGUCUCAACCUUACGGGUGCUGACACAGUCAUCUUUGUGGAGCACGAUUGGAAUCCACAGAGAGAUUUGCAAGCCAUGGACCGCGCUCACCGUAUCGGACAGAAAAAGGUUGUCAACGUGUACCGUCUCAUUACGAGGGCGACGUUGGAGGAGAAGAUUCUGAGUCUGCAGCGGUUCAAGAUCGACGUAGCAUCCACGGUAGUUAACCAACAAAACGCAGGCUUGGCCACGAUGGAUACAGACCAGAUCCUAGACUUGUUCAGUCUAGGUGACACGGGACCCGGCAUGAUUACGGACAAACCAGAGGGCGGUGGCUUGGAUGGUCGGGAAGAGGACAUGGUUGACGUCGAAACUGGCGAUGUCAGGCAACCAGGCAAGAAGGCGCCGUGGCUUGAGGACCUGGGCGAACUUUGGGAUAAUCGGCAAUACGAGGAGAGCUUUGAUCUUGAUGGGUUCCUCAAGACGAUGCAAUAAUCUGAUGGCUGAUGUCAUGGACAACUUUGAAUGGCGAUGGGGACCUUUUAUUUAUUUUUAUUUUGGGAAUUGGCGCGGCGUAGGGGGCGCGGCGUGGAAACAUGGGGUUUUCGAUUUAUUUCUUUUGGUUGUACUCUUUGCUAUCAUCGAUUGCAUUGGAUUUGAUACUAGAGGAAGUCAUCCGAGAAGAGAAGGGAAGCUGGAUAGGUAUAGCUCUGAUCCCAUCAUCACCAAUUAGGCAGCCCGCGGUUGAUGGCCGAAUACUGCCCGGCCGGACAAAGCCUGGUGCAGGUUACCAUUACCAUUACCAAUUCUUGUUGCGGUCUUUUGGCCUGCCGACGGAGCUCAGCCCAGGACUCUGCGCACUAAUGGCGCAUGUAAUAUAACAUCAAUAAAAACUACAAAACGAAAGCUUCUCGUUGCCUCUG